GGAAAGCGUGGGGAGAAGAAAAGCUAAAAGAAAAGGAAGAUAAUAUCAUUUAGCAAAGAUUCAGACUUCUUUUGCGGCUCUCGGUGUCGUCUUUCUUCUGUUGGGAUUCACAGUCGAUCAAUUGGUGACAAAAAUGGCAGUUAACAUAUCCUCCGGUGCAGUAAAUGAGACCAUUGUGGAUAACCAAACUGCCACCACUAUGGGCGCCCUCAUCCUGACCCUCGUCUUUCUAUUGGGAUUCCCUGGAAACCUCUUCAUCAUCUGGAGCAUCCUGGCACGUGCCCGGAAGCAGUCCGUCACCACCCUUCUCAUCCUCAACCUAGCUAUCGCCGAUGGCUCUCUGAUGGCGCUCACCCCAUUCUUCAUCGUCUACUUGGUUAUGAAGAGGUGGGUGUUUGGGAAUGUGAUGUGUAAGAUCCUCUUCUACCUCUGCCUGGUCAACAUGUACGCCUCCAUCCAGCUCAUCAUGCUCAUGAGCAUCUACAGGCUGGUGGCAGUGCUGUGGCCGCAGCGCCUCAGUCUUAUCACUGGUCGGAAGACUGUACUGCGGGUGCUGGCAGUGGUGUGGGUGUUGGUAAUGAUGGCCUCUGUUCCUGCAAUGAUCUUCAGAAGGGUGGAGCCGAAGAACAACACUGGCGUGCUAGUGUGCGAAUCAUUCCAUAAGGGCAAGAACGAAACGGUUCUCCAGUACAUGCUAGAGCUCGUGUUGGGUUUUUUAAUCCCCUACGGGGUCAUUGUAGUCAGCUACAUACGUAUCUUACGGCGGAUCCAAAAGACCAAGUUUGGCCGUCGCAUCCGUAGUGAGAAGCUCAUCCUGGCCAUCGUGUUGACCUUCUGCAUCUUUUGGUUGCCCUACCACUUAAUCAACGUGGUGCAAAUUACGUCGGCUUUGUGUCCAAAAGGUCCAGUAAAAGAAAACACCACCGACCUGCGCCUCUACUUCUUUGCAGGAAAGUCUUACAUCCGGCGAGAGGGACUUGCGUUCAUGGCCCGCCUGUUUGAGGGCACAGGGCUGGACUCGGCUAACAGGAAGAGCCGACAGAACAGCCAGAACAGCCGCGACAAAGAUAAAGAGGCAGAUGCAGUCAUGCUAAAGGAAAAAGAUCCAGACUCUGUUACCAAUUCGAGCUCGCAUGUCAAACCAGUAAGGAAUGGUAAGUAGAGGACGCAAGACGCAGAAGGCUUGAAGCUGGUGUUUAUCCUCUGGAGGGGAACAUUAAACCACUCACGCCUUCAAAUCUCCAUCCAGUAACAAAGACUGCUAAUAUAUGGAAAACACAUUCAUCAUGCACAGCUGGUUCCUGCCAAUCAAGAAAAGAUUCAGAAGCACUGCUGCAUAAUGUGAAUCUUUCUUCCAAAUGAUACCGUUACAAACCCGGGAUGUAACUGGGAUGACUGAUCCUGGAACACCUUGCCGCCUGAUGGAUUCCAAAGUGAUAUUGUUGUGCUUAAACCUCACAACACAUCAGAACUGUUUAUUUGAUGAUACAUGAGCCUCACUCAGCUCUGAAUUAUUUUAUAUAAAAAACUCACCACCCCAAAACCCCUGUUUAAUUCAAGAGACAUGCAUUAAAAAGAGGUGGUGCCUUAUGAUUCUUGUACAUGUUUACUUUUACUGUAAUUUAUAUUUUUUUUUUGCAAGAUUUGUCUGUGCCAUUAUGUUUCUACAAUGUUUUAUUGGUCAAAAUGCUUCAUGGAAUCACAGAAAUAUCAAAAUGAACUGAAACUGUGGUGUUUUUUAGGAAAACUUGCCAUUUUGUUACAGAAAAACAAUAGCAAUACAACAAUAGUUUUUUUCAGCAAAAAAAAAUGAAAAGCUGGCCUGUCCCUCAGUAUGAAUGUUUUACUUUUACAAAAAAAAGUUUGUAUAAAAACGU